AAACGUUAAGCUGAGCCCGGCCCGGAUUUGAAUAGGUCCGGCCUAUUCUGCACGUUUAAAACAGGCUCCGGAAAAAGUAACAGGUGAGCGAGUUUCCAGAUUGAAGUAGAUGACUCGGUUGUUACUGCCGCUACGCCUCUCUCUCUAUAGGCCUAAGGCGCCGUUGGCUUCUCGAUUUCAGACCCUGUUAACACCAAAUGGACACUCCAGUACCCGACCAAUACUUGGGGAUCGUUUGGGAUUGUCAUCAAAUAGGAACACCUUUUAUGGAUUUAGAAAUUUUUGCACUGGCGGAGAUUUAGCUGCUAAGAAGUGUGUACCAUGCAAUAUGGAGGAUUUGCGACCCAUGACAGAAAAAAGUGCUACUGGAUUGAUGUCAAAGGUUGAAGGAUGGGAUUUGGUGAAGGAAGAUGGUGUACUGAAGCUGAACCUAUCAUUGAAAGUAAGGAGUUUCACCAAAGGGUUGGAAUUAUUCCAGAUUGUAGGGAACCUUGCUGAAAAAGAAGGUCAUCAUCCAGAUCUUCAUCUCGUUGGAUGGAAUAAUGUAAAAAUUGAGAUAUGGACUCAUGCAGUUGGUGGACUAACGGAAAAUGACUUCAUACUUGCUGCUAAGAUCAAUGGGCUUAAUCUGCAUCAGCUACUGAGAAAGAAGGUUGGCACUUGAAAAAUCAAUAUAAAUUUUGCAAGGUCCUGGAAAAACAAUGAUGGUUCCAUCUGUGGAAUGAUGGAUUAUCUUCGAUCUUUUCUUUUCUACUUCAGCAUAGAGAUUUUUAGUUUAUUUACUUCAGUAAAUAGGCCUGGAUGCCUGUAUGGAUGUUUUUUUUUUUUUAAACUACUUUUGCUAAUUUUCAGUAUGAGUUCCUUGCAUAAAGAGUGGCAUAGCUGUUCACAA